UAGCCAGUCUUCUACUUUUGGCAACAUCGCCAUAACAGCGGCCUAAGCUAUUGGUGGUUAAUACAGGAGUGCAUCUUGGUCGAGAUGCAGAUCUUUGUGAAGACUCUCACGGGGAAGACCAUCACCCUUGAGGUGGAGGCUUCUGACACAAUUGAAAAUGUCAAAGCAAAAAUUCAGGACAAGGAAGGUAUUCCCCCUGACCAACAGAGACUUAUCUUCGCUGGAAAGCAACUGGAAGAUGGCAGGACUUUGAGCGAUUACAAUAUCCAGAAGGAGUCUACUUUGCAUCUGGUGCUGCGCCUGCGUGGUGGCGUCAUCGAGCCUACGUUGAAGCUGCUUGCUGAGAAAUAUAACUGCAACAAAAUGGUGUGCCGCAAGUGCUUUGCCAGACUUCAUCUCAGGGCUACGAAUUGCCGUAAGAAGAAAUGCGGACACUCGUCCAGCCUCCGACCCAAGAAGAAGCUGAAGGGUUAAAAAUUGACUCAUUACUCGGUCAGUUUUCAAUAAAGGAGAGUAAUGA